CGCUCGUGGGGCAGCCAGCUGGGAGCAGCGGGCAGUGAGGCAGCCGGCUCCUCCGCCCCGGCCAGGGGGACGCACUCAGUAAACACAAAAGUGAGAGCCACUCAAGGGGCAGCCAAAGCAAGAGGAGAAAAAGAGAAGGGAAGAAAAAAAGGGUGAAAAAAAAAACCAGGAAAAAAAAAAAAAAAGGAAAAGGAAAGGAAAGGAAAGCGCUCGCUCGCUCUUUCUCUAGAAUAACAAAAUACCUGAUCGUAACAAAAUAACAUCCUUCAGAAAAAAUCCAGCAGGGACUUGACAUACCAAAAAGGCAAGGCGAGGAGAACGUGCCAGGGCCCGGGGAAGGCGAGCCAAAGCCGCGAUCGCUGCCAGGGCAGGAGAGCAGCAUGUCAAGCGCCGGGGCACACACGGAUGAGCGCUGCCGGCAGCCCGCCUUCCUUCCCGGCCCGCAGCUGCCGCAAGAAGUUGAGAGUAGCAGUGGCAGUGCCAAGGUGCAGAGGAUGUGUGCGGCGAGGCGGAUGCUGCUGCUGCUGCUGGCUUUCCUGGCCUACGCACUGGAUUCAGCGGCUGCGUACGGCACGGCGGAGACCCUCUGCGGUGGGGAGCUGGUGGACACGCUGCAGUUCGUCUGCGGGGACAGGGGCUUCUAUUUCAGUAGACCGGUGGGACGAAAUAACCGGCGGAUCAAUCGGGGGAUUGUGGAGGAGUGCUGCUUUCGGAGCUGUGACCUGGCUCUGCUGGAAACAUACUGCGCCAAGUCCGUCAAGUCGGAGCGUGACCUCUCCGCCACCUCCCUGUCAGGCCUGCCAGCCCUCGGCAAGGAGAGCUUCCAGAAGCCCUCGCACGCCAAAUACUCCAAGUAUGACGUGUGGCAGAAGAAGAGCUCCCAGCGGCUGCAGCGGGAAGUGCCCAGCAUCCUGCGGGCUCGCCAGUACCGGUGGCAGGCUGAGGGGCUGCAAGCGGCUGAGGAAGCCAAGGUGCUGCAUCGUCCCCUCAUCUCCCUGCCCAGCCAGAGGCCUCCAGCGGUGCGAGCCUCCCCGGAAACGGCUGGCCCCCAGAAAUGAACCCUGACCAGCUGUCUCGAUUUUUGAUCUCCUGGGGGAGGGCGGGAGGACUGGUGAUUCCCGACCCCCAAGCCCCUCCGUCCCCGGGGCCGCUGAGCCAAGGAGCGGGGCGGCGGGGCACCCUCACGCCGCUCUGGCCCCAACCAAACAACUGACACAGCAAGGAGGGGAUGGCGGCGGCAGCGGCGGUGGCGAGCAGCACCGCUCCCACGGCAUCGUCCUUUUGGGGUGGGGGGGAGGGUUGUUUCGUUUCCCACACCUGUUUCAUUCCCCUGCUUCCCCAGUAUUUCCAAGCCUGUACUUGCAAAGGGACAGUUUGGCACUUGAACUUUUUGCUGCCGGGUGCUGCGUGACAUCCCCGGUGCCAACACCAGAAGACAAAAGAAAGAGCAAGAGGGAAAAAGGAUAUGAAGUUAAAAUUUUUUUAACCUUUUUUUUCUCGUGAAGAGUCCAUUCCAUGUCUUUCUUGACAAUAAAGUGAAAAAAACAAUAAAAUGGGGAGAAAUAUUGAGGAAUAAAAUUUUUUUGCCUCAUUCCCA